CAAGCGCUCCGUCGAGCGCGGAAGCGCUGAAGCGGUUCAGCGGCCAUGGACACCGUGGCAGAGUUUCAGCCGGCCGCCGGCGAGCUGGUGACCAGCGAUGGAGUUCCCACGGGAAUUCCUAGAACCUCGGAAAGGAUUGUGAAGUGGGAGUUUCAGCCUGGGCACAAGCCCUUCCAGAGCUACCAGCUUCCGAAAUGGGUGAGGCAUCCCGAUGCCCAGAAGCCGUCCAUGAAUCUUCAGCCCGAGGACUACAUGGGCUCCAAGCGACGGCACAACAUCCACUCUUGGAACAUCGCGCAUAUCGGUGCGCAGUGCGCGAUGUUCGAAGGCCAAGGCUUUAAGAUGUUGGAGAAGGCGACCCCGGAGGAGAUCAACGCCCAGGACACGUUGGAAGGCUUCACGCCGCUCCAUUGGGCGGUGCUGUCCGACAAUCCCAAGGCGGUGAUCUGGCUUUUGAAGCACGGCGCCGACAAGGAUAUCAAAGACAUCCAAGGCCGCAGCGCUGAGGAUUUGGUGGAGGACUAUUGGGGCGACUUUCAUCAGCGCUACUGGGGCCACGCCCCCAAGCAGGAUGGCCUGCCGCAGGUGGACAAGGUCCUCCCCAAGAGGCUCAAGCAGAUGAAGGAAGCGUUCAAGCUGACCUUCGCGGCCAAUGAGUUCGACCUGGAGGGCUACAAAAACAUCAACGUAUAGAAACGAAAGCGACCGGCGUGGUCGCCUCUUCCAGAUUCGUGGAGGGAUUUCUGCGGCUCGCACUUUCGACACAAAAAGGAGAAGGACGAACCGGCGCUCUCCAACCUUUUCCCCAUGUCGACCCAA